UGGAGUGUGUGGAGACCGUGAAGAGGAAAGUGAAGCUUAGUCUGCGAGCGCAGAAACGAAACUGAUACCGAGAGAGGCUGUUGGCUCCUAACGGAGGGACCUGUCCUGCCCAUUCUCCAGCGCUGGCAGCUGCUCCCGGAACUACAGUCUCCUCUUGGGAGACAUGGUGGCCUCUCUCAGCCGCUAAUCCGCCCACCUCCUUGGCCGGGCUGUGCAGGGUGUCCGUGGGGUACAGAAGCCGUUAGCCCAGAGCCGCUUCUGACGGGUCUUGAUCCGAGAAGGAGAGCAAAAUGCUGGAGUCGGAGAAAGAUCUGGUGGCAAAAAUGCUGAGGGCCGUCUUGCAGGCAAAUAAAAAUGGCGUGCCUCUCUUUCGGCUACAAGGAGAGUAUAAAUCGCUUACCGGAGAGACGAUUCCGUUCAAGGAAAUGGGUUUCCAAACACUGGAGGCAUAUUUGAAAGCCGUUCCUGCCGUUGUGAAAAUUGAUAUGAACCGUGCUGGCGAGGUGGUCUGUCAUGCUGUGGUUUGUAAGGAAACAGCCCGGAUUGCUGAACUUGUUGCCCGCCAGAGAAGCUCAAAAAGGAAAUCUGGAGGCCAAGUCAACUGUCAGAUGAGGCUGAAAUAUUCUGCCCCCGUCACACACGUUGGGAAACCAAAAGCCACACUCAGAAAACCAGGGUUCCCAUCCCCUCAAGACAGAAUCAUCAGGAAACCUGUACCUUCUACUGCAAAGGUUAAGGGGAAUGUUUGGGGAGGUCAGCCCCCACCUGAUCCCUACUCUCCUCCACCUGGGGCUCUAAUGUACAAUGCUGGCAUUUCCAGAGAGGUUCUCACGCCAAGGCAACCAUCUAUCACAAACAGACCUGAAAGAAAAGUAACGCUUCCACCACGGUUCCAGAAAGAGGGUAAUUCGUAUCUGCUUCCAACCACUACUGUGGAUUCAAAUGCCAAUGACACACAAUCCGGAAAACUUCCUCUGCUCGGCAGUUUUUAUCACAACCUCGUUUCGGUUCAGAAUAACUUAAGAGACCUUUUCAGCAAAUACAGCAACGGCAUCUGGAUUUCAAAGCUGCCUCUGCUUUACAAGGAGACCUUUAAACAAGACCUUGGCGAAGAUGUGUUAAAACAGGUUCCCGCUUGGACUCAUAUUUGCACGGCUCAGAAGCUUAUGAAUGGUGGUCAGACAGAAGUCAUUCUUUAUCCACCCAUAAGAAAACAGACCACUCCGAAGACUUCCCCGCAUCGGAGCAGCGAGCUGAUAAAACAAAAUAUCUCUCCUGUUCAUUCAAAACCUACACCUACUCCUAAACAAACCCCAGGCACUAUACCUGAUGCUGAACUGAAGCAGAAGGUUUCCGAAAUCUUGUUACAUUAUCCUACAGGCCUCUGGUCACGUGCGCUUCCUAAAGUCUUCGAAGACACAUACAGAAUGAAGUUUCCUGACGAAGUUCUCCAGAACCUUUCCACCCUCUCCGAUAUUUGCAAUGUGGACAUCAUUUCUGAAAAUCCUUACAAAGCUAUCCUAUAUGCAAAGGCCGUAUUGAGCGAAGAGCAGAACAUGAAUCUUUUAGGGAACAUGAAUGUGUCUCAGGCAAUACCAAAGAUAAACCAAGGCGCGAAUCCAUCAGACACAGAAGAUUUUGAUGUGGACCUGACACCUCCCGCAUUAGUUUUUCCUUCAGAAGCAUCCCCCUCGGUGCUAGUAGUGGAGCUCAAUGAUACUAAUGAAGUAGUAAUAAGGUAUGUUGGCCAAGGUUACUCUGUUGCCCAAGAGCGCAUGGAGGAUGAAAUGAAAGAGUUUUAUAGUAAAAGCUCAUCACAUGUUAAGGCUUGCUCCCUAAGGGUAGGGCAGCUUGUCGCUGUAAAAGCCGAGGAGGAUGCAUGGCUGCGGGCUGAGGUAUCUACAACUGACGAUAACAAAAUAAAGGUCUAUUAUGUGGAUUAUGGCUUCAGCGAUCUAGUUGAGGUCAUCAAAGUGUGUAGGCUGGCUAAGCAGUUCUACACACUCCCAUUCCAAGCAACACAAUGCAGACUGGCAGGUUUGGAAGCAUUCAGCAAGGAUCCUAUGCUGGUGAAAGCCGUGGAGUCGAAAGCCUGCGGCAAAAUACUUGCAGUAGAAAUACUACAGAAGACCGAAAUACCUCUUGUGGUUCUUUACGAUACAUCAGGAGAUGACGAUGUUAACAUAAAUGCUUCUUGUCUAAGAGAGCUGUGUGAUCAUUCCCUGAGUUUACAGCUGAAGAUAAACUCUUCGUACUCAAAUGUAAUUGUGACCAAUGUUUGUUCUGAUGGGACACUGUUUUGUCAAGUCCCCUCCAAGGGACUUGCCAAACUCUGCGAGACAUUACAGAAGAUACAAAGCGACUUCAGUUCCAAGUAUGUUACAUCGGAUUUGUUUGUAAAUCUCCCGUUCUGUGGAAAAAUCUGCCUGUUUCACUGCAAGGGAAAAUGGGCCAGAGUGGAGAUAACAAGUGUACACAGUAGCCGCGCACUCGAUGUUCAAUUCCUAGAUUCUGGAACAAUUGCUUCUGUAAAAGUUUCUGAACUGCGUGAAAUUCCAUCUCAUUUCCUCCGAGAUAUUAUCUCCAUUCCUCCUCAGGCUCUUAGGUGCUGUUUAGCAGAUCUUCCACUUAACAUCGGUACGUGGACACCAGACGCAGUGCUGUGGCUCAGGAACACCGUCUUAAACUGCUCGGAUUGUAGCAUUAAGGUUGUGAAAAUGGACGAAACAAAGAACAUGGUCCAUGUUUAUCUUUUCUCUUCAAAGAACUGUCUGGAUCCUGAAAAAAGUAUCAACCGCCUAAUCACAAAUGAAGAGUUGUGGAGACACCAAAAGGAUGUGUUUAUCAGUGUGAACCCUGGUUUGCCCAGUAUGGUAAACUGCAAAGGAGAUGCCACAUCAAACAUGCCAGGGCCACGCAAAGAACAAACCCACAUAACAAAAAAGCACAUCGAAGAACAAAACAAUGCUUCGCCUUGCUCGGAAAUGCCCCCACCACUACCUCUACCCAAGCCUGGCGAGCACAUUGACGUGUUUGUGUCAGUGGCUUGCCAUCCUGGUCAUUUUGUCUUCCAACCUUGGCAGGAGCUACACAAGUUGGAGGUGGUUAUGGAGGAAAUGCUACUGCACUACAGUACCACAGAAGAGAAACCAGUGGCUUUGGAGAAAACCAAGAUAUAUGCAGCAAAAAUUGAUAACAAGUGGUACAGAGUUCUUUUGAAAGGAAUACUUACAAAUGGCCUUGUAUCUGUGUACCAGCUUGAUUAUGGCAGACAUGAACUGGUCAAUUGCCGUAAAGUACAGCCACUGCUUCAGAAGUUCAGACAGCUGCCUUUUCAAGCUGUAACAAGUCAGCUUGCAGGCAUAAAGUGUGAGCAGUGGUCUGAAGAAGCCUCAAUCGUCUUCAGAAACCACGUGGAGAAGAAACCUCUUGUGGCGCUUAUACAAGCAGUUUACGAAAGCACUAACCCUUGGGAUCGCAAAGUAGUGGUGUACAUUGUGGACACCUCCAUGCCAGACACAGAUAUUUGGGUUCAUGAUCUCAUGUCAGAGUACCUCGAUGAACUUUCUCGCUCUGAAUAGAGUGUAACCCCCCAAAACCCCAGCCUCGAUUCAGCAAUAACUGAAAAUACAGCUUUUUUUAAGAAGUUAGAUUGUUCUACAAUUGGUAACCAUAGCAAGGUUUGCAAAAUCUGAGAACUUGUUUUCUGUGAAAGAUAUUUAACAGAUUUUUUUGUUUACAUUGUUUAAGUGAGUUGAUUUUCUGGAUUAUUUGCACUUUGUUUAAUAUAGUAGCUCUACAUUGUUGAGAAAAUAUCCAGAAUUACAUUUAUUUAACAAUAAAAAAAUAAAUACAAAA